UGUCACUGUUUUCAGCGUGGGGAGGAGGCGGAGGGAUAAACAGAGCCCUCGCUCUCCAAACUAGGACUUGAUCUGUGCAGGGCUGGCUCUGCUCCUCCGCUGCCACUGCCGCGGGCUCUUCACCUGCAGGAACUCGGCUCCGCUGCAUCGGAUCAGCCACUGUUCGGGGCACCCCCAGUCACUAUGGACACCUUUUUUAAAAGGCACUUCAGGAGGAAGGUAUCGUCGUUGGGUUUCCAGCGUGCCAGCGUUGUGUCAGUGCCCACUGGCAAAGCCAGGCGGCGCUCCAUGGUGGGCAUGCCCUCAGCCUCGCUGGCACAGUGCCGCCGCAGGUCCAGUACCCAGCUGCAGAGCGUUUCCUGCCUGGGCUCCCCAGACAAGGGCAGCCUGAGCCCCCGGCGACGCUCCAGCACCACCCCGCCCCACCUGAGCCCCAGGUUUGCUGUCCAGAAGAAGCGUGGGGGCCAGGUGCGCACCAUUGAUACCCAACUCAUGGGCCCCUCCAUGCUGCUGGCCAGCCUCAUCCAAGUGAGCGAGGCAGAGGAAGGGAGGCGGAUGGCCUGUGCCGAAGGCUCUGGAUCCAAGUCGCCCUGGGAGGAGCUAAAGGAGGGCUGUGGCAGGGAGGAGACUGUCGCCUCAGGAGCCAGGUUGGAUCGGCGUGAGCUGCAGGCCAAGCUUUCCCCAAGGAGCAAGCGCCCUGCCCUGCACCCUAUCAGCAUGAGGUCUCUCCUGCAAGCUCCAGGCUGCCUGCACCGCCACUCCACCCACCUCCUGCCUGCAGAGUUUGUGUACAGCAAGGCAGCCUGCGGGCUGCAGGGGUAUUACCGACGCCUCAGCCAGCCAUGGCUCUCAGGGGAGAGCCCCAGGCCAGGCGCUCUGCUCCCACCAUGCAGAGCACGGCUGGCUGCCAAAAGAUGGAAGGUUCCUCCUAGAGCCAGGCGGCCAUCAGAAACCAUAUAUGAAUGCUUGGGAAUGGAGCCUGCCUAUGGCAACUAUGCCAGUGCCUUCCCUAAAGCCUGGAGCCCCCAGCUGCUGAAAGCCAUCGCCAAGUCCGGCCUCCAGCACAUGGUAACCCAGCCGAACCCCACGCUAGCCCUGAGAAGUGAAUCAGAGAGGCAGAUCCGCAGCACUGUGGACUGGAGUGAAACUGCAAUCUACGGGGAGCAUAUCUGGUUUGAGACCAGCGGCUCUGGGGAUUUCUGCUAUGUGGGGGAACAGAACUGUGUGGCCAAGAUGCUGCAGAAACCUCUGACCAGACGCAAGUGUGCAGCCUGCAAAAUCGUAGUGCAUACGCCCUGCAUAGAACAGCUGGAGAAAAUAAAUUUCCGCUGCAAACCUUCCUUCAGGGAGUCGGGAUCAAGGAACGUUCGGGAGCCCAUAGUUGUCCGGCAUCACUGGGUGCACCGGAGACGCCAGGAAGGGAAGUGCCGGCAGUGUGGAAAGGGUUUCCAGCAGAAGUUUGCCUUUCACAGCAAGGAGAUUGUAGCCAUCAGCUGUUCCUGGUGUAAGCAAGCGUACCACAGUAAGGUGUCAUGCUUCAUGCUGCAAUGCAUCGAGGAGCCGUGCUCGUUGGGGGCUCAUGCUGCUGUUGUCGUCCCUCCGACCUGGAUUCUGCGGGUCCGGCGCCCCCAGAAUCCACUGAAGUCCAGUAAGAAAAAGAAGAGGACGUCAUUCAAGCGGAAAUCCAGCAAAAAGGGGGCGGAGGAGGGGCGAUGGAAACCCUUUGUCAUCAAGCCUACGCCAGCCCCACUCAUGAAGCCCCUGCUGGUGUUUGUGAACCCCAAGAGUGGUGGGAAUCAGGGAGCCAAGAUCAUCCAGUCCUUCAUGUGGUAUCUCAACCCACGGCAAGUCUUUGACCUCAGCCAGGGCGGCCCCAAAGAGGCGCUGGAGAUGUAUCGGAAAGUGCACAACCUGCGGAUCCUGGCAUGCGGUGGGGAUGGCACGGUGGGGUGGAUCCUCUCCAUCCUGGACCAGUUACGUCUGAAUCCCCCUCCUCCUGUAGCCAUCCUCCCUCUGGGGACAGGGAAUGACCUGGCCAGGACUCUGAACUGGGGUGGGGGUUACACGGACGAGCCCUUGUCAAAGAUCCUCUCUCAUGUGGAGGAGGGAAACAUUGUGCAGCUUGACCGCUGGAAUCUCCAGGUGGAGCCAAACUCCGAGGUGAACCCUGAGGAAAAGGACGAGACGGCCACAGACAAGCUUCCCCUCGAUGUCUUCAAUAACUAUUUCAGCCUCGGCUUUGAUGCUCGCGUGACACUGGAGUUCCACGAAUCUCGAGAGGCCAAUCCAGAGAAAUUUAACAGCCGGUUUCGGAAUAAAAUGUUCUAUGCUGGGACGGCAUUUUCUGACUUUCUCACGGGCAGCUCCAAAGACUUAGCGAAGCACGUCAAAGUGGUGUGCGACGGGACAGACCUGACGCCCAAGAUCCAGGACCUGAAGCCCCAGUGCCUUGUCUUUCUGAACAUUCCAAGGUACUGCGCGGGCACCAUGCCCUGGGGCAACCCCGGGGAGCACCACGACUUCGAGCCCCAGCGCCAUGACGAUGGCUGCAUUGAGGUCAUCGGCUUCACCAUGACAUCCCUGGCUGCCUUGCAAGUAGGCGGACAUGGAGAGCGGCUGCACCAGUGCCGGGAGGUGAUGCUCACCACGUCCAAGGCCAUUCCUAUGCAGGUGGAUGGGGAGCCAUGCAAGCUGGCAGCCUCCUGUAUUCACAUCUCCCUGCGCAACCAAGCCAAUAUGGUGCAGAAGACCAAGCGACGCAACUCCAUGCCCCUGCUCAAUGACCAGCAACCAGUGCCCGAGCAGCUGCGAAUCCGGGUGAACCGAAUCAGCAUGCACGACUAUGAGGCACUUCACUAUGACAAGGAGAAGCUCAAGGAAGCCUCUGUGCCCCUGGGGAUCAUUGUGGUUCCGGGAGAUAGUGACCUGGAGGUCUGUCGGACCCACAUCGAGAGGCUGCAGAAGGAUUUUCUUCCAUGCCCUUCUUCUUUACAGUGCCUGCUCCUUCAGGAAGAGGAUGGAGCCAAAUUAAAGACGCUUUCAUCUCAGAAGCUGUCUCCCAAGUGGUGUUUCUUAGACUCAACUACAGCUGAUCGGUUUUACAGGAUAGACCGCGCACAGGAGCACCUCAACUACGUGACGGAGAUCUCCCAGGAUGAGCUCUUUGUGCUGGAUCCGGAGCUGGUGAUCACCCACACCGUGGGCACCUCACCCGCCAUUCCUGACCUCGUUGACUUGUCCUCCACUCCCACAGGGCACCAUUUUGCUUUCCCUUCUUCCUCAUCCUCUCCACCCUCCUCACCAGCCCUCAGCUCAGAAGCAGGGGGCUGCCCCUGCCACGAAGAUAACGCCUUGAUAGCUGCUGCCAAGAGUAAUGAUUUCCAGAAGUUUCGAGAGCUGCACCAGGCAGGAGGGGACCUGAUGAUGCGAGACUCCUCAGGUCAGACCGUGCUGCACCAUGCCGUCAAAUCGGGGAGCAAGGAGAUUGUCAAAUACGUCAUUGAGAAUGCCCCUGCAGAGAUCCUCGAUGCGACAGAAGAUGAGAAUGGCGAGACCAGCCUGCACCAGGCGGCUGCCCUGCGCCAGCGCACUAUCUGCCACUACAUUGUGGAGGCUGGGGCUUCGCUCAUGAAAACAGACCUGCAGGGAGACACCCCCAAGCAUAGAGCUGAGAAGGCCAACGACCCUGACCUGGCUGCCUACCUCGAACAUCGUCAGCACUACCAGAUGAUCCAGCGGGAGGAUCAGGAGACGGCUGUGUAGUGCUCAGUGUGCCUUACCACAUGGUCCUGCCAGUGCGGGCAGGACAGGAGGGCGACUCCCAUGCUGCGGGUCCGGCUCAGCCCUUCCCAGAUCUCUACUUAGUCCCAGAGGAGGGGGAAGAGGCGACAGCAGCUCUGUCCCAGGCCUGGCUGAGACUGUAUUCAUUUGUAUGGACAUUUGGGACUCACUCCCCCCCCAGCUAUCUCCCACCACAUUCCAUACACCCUGCACUGGAUGGACUCUGCUCCGGCAGCUCUCCUACCCGCGCAUCCUAUAGGAGCCAUCUCCGCGGUUGGGGAGAGAUGGAGCCUCUGUGCUGCCCCUGUUGGUGGGAGUGAUGGCUGGUGCCCCCUCAACAGACUCAGUAGCCCUUGUGGGCUCUUGUUGUUCAGCCUCCACCUGCCUGCCCCAGUCAUGGCUCCAUGUGCUGCGGUUCCAUUGGGCUCAUCACCACUAGUACUGCCCCCGCCAACCCUCAGGGGCCUACCCCCAGAACCUGCCCACAUCACUCCCUGGGACCGCCACAGGGGGUCACCAGAGAGCAGCCCUGCUCCUGCAGUUGGCACUAGCUCUGCUGUCCCGACUGCAGAAUAACUGGGGAUGCUUGUGGGCCUGAGAGAAGUUAACUGCUAUCCAGCUGCCAUACCACCUCCUACUCCUGCUUCCUCCCUUUGCUCUGAGGCUCUAUGCAGCCGCACAUGGGGCCCCCAACAGCUGGCCAGAACCCCUGGCAUGUCCAGUGGAGCCAUGCCCAUAAAUCUGCCCCGAGUUCCAAGCAAGCUCUCUGCUUGUUAAAACUGGACCCCGGUGCCACAACAAAAUGUCAGCAAUGUGCCCGGGUCUCCCAAGCCGCCUCCUUCUGGCACUCGCCCCCCCGCCCCCCUUCCUGAUUCCUCUCCCGGAGUUCAUCUGCUGCCUCCCUUUCCUCCACAUGUGCUUCUAAUUUGCUGCACACCAGCCUGCUGGAAGUGUGGGUAAAAAUAUGUGCUGCUUACGCAGCAGGGAGGCUGCCAGGCUGAGGAGGGAGCUUGUCUCUAACCUUAGUACUGAGUUCGUGCCACGCCAGCACCCACAUUGGGAGUGCUGGCCCUGGACCCCUUCAGUGUGCAGUUGGGGAGGCUUCUGGGGGGUUGGAGCGUGCCAUAGACCAGAUACUCCCGUACCGAGAGCGCCGGGGAGCUGGAUCCAUCAUCUGGUAAAAGCAGCCCAGGGCCCAAGAACUACAGCUCCUAGAGGUAAGGGCUAGAUGAGGCCCUGUCUAGCCCUCUGGCCCCAUGGCCAGGGCAGGAGUAGUCCCUUCAGUCUAUUCCCAGGGCUUUGCCCAAGCAAUGGGGCUCCCACACCAGCCCCCUAUCAGCAUGGUUCACGAGAUGCAAUCUGAGUCCCUUUGCCCAGCUCUCCCCACUUUGCUCCCUUCUGGGCCCUGCAUAAUUCCACCCCUUGCUCCUUAGCUUUCAUGUAGAUUCCCUCUGUCUGGGCCGGGGCCUCCAGUUCUCUGUGUGUGGCCCCUUCUGUCUGCCCCGAGCUACUUGGAGCUCCCUGCUCACCCAGUUUCACGCACAUGCCCCAUUGCCAUCUUAGUCACUUCAUUUGCCGCCUUUUCAACAGAUAAGGGGAGCAGGAGCUACCUCCCCGCAGUGGCCCCCAUCCCUGGCAGAGGCAGUGCCGUCUGCCCCAAACAUUCCAGAACUAUGAGGCUCACUCCUCUGCUCCCGGGGGAGCUCUAAUCCUGGGACCUGGGAGACGUACCAAGCCAGUAGCCAGCUGGCCUGCACUUGGCUUUGUGCUGGGGUGGGUGCAGCAGCCUUAAAUAGUCCAGGGCUGUUUGGGGUGUGACCCUUCACACUGCCCCAGUGUCUGACCCUGCCAGAGCAUGGUGGCUGGGAGCUGGCUGAGGGAGGGCAGGCUGGUACCAGGCCUGUCCAGACCAGAAGUUGAGUAGUUCAGGGGUGAAUCUCUGGUGUGGAGCACAAGCAGUGAAACAUGAAGGCUCAGUGGCGCCAUGUUGUGCUCUGAAGCAGCCAGGAGGUGAGCGCCUUCCGGUGAGUUCAUCUCAGACUUGGGUUCCUAGGUGGCUCUGAGAAACAGGAAGCUCCACUCGCCCAGCAGGUCUUUGACUAUUGGGGCUGUGGGGGGCUGCACUCGGAGCUCAGGGAGAGUGGGGCUGGUGUUCCUUAGGACCCUUCUGGUUUUGUUUACAGAGGGGGGAACCUGCUUUUUACUUUGUUUUCAGUAGUUAAUUGUUCCCGGCAUGGGUGGAAGGAGAGCAGGAUCAGGGGCAAGAAGGCCCUGGAGCCACUUCUCCCCCCCACACCCCCACCCCCCAUUAUUCCUGUUGGCGUGGAGCUGAUGUCUUUGGGAGCUGCUCUGGCACAGAGCUGGUUGCUGUGAUCUGCCCUUGGGGCUGUUUUGAUUCACCUGCUGUAUCAGUACUAUGAUGACAGGAGUGUUGGGUCUCUGCUGCUGCCAGGGAUUCCCCCUCCUGUGCUGUGUGUGCCUGUCCUCUGCGUGGUCUUGCCACACACACGCACCCCCACCCACCCACCCCAGGUGAAGACAGAACCAUAUGGUGAGAACUAACACACGCCUGGCCACCACAGUUGCAAGCCAGAUGCCCCCGGUUCUGAGGCAAAAGGGGGAUUUGGACCUGCAGGAGAUGUGUGGGGCACCAGCGAAGAAUGCAAACAACCAGCACAUGUUCUGUCGGGGUGAGGGGGACUUUCUUGCAUCCAGCUAUGCCCCAGGGCACAAAUGGGCCAGUGACCCAUCUCUCCAGAUGCUUGGGGGGGGGGCGGGGCAUGGCAGUUUAGCAAGCCUGCACCCAGCAUCCAUAAAAUGUGUGGUGCUCUCCUAUGCAGGACUGCAGCGGCCCCUGGGAACUAAAGGCCCUGGCAUGCACUGUGGGCAAGCUGCUUGGCUCAGGUGGGCCAUCAUGGGGCUGCCCUUGUGCAUUAAAGAGGAAGGUGAUUCUGAACCAGUUUAGGCUGUUUGUCAUGUGCUGGGCACCAUUGGAGGAUGCUGUCUGAUGGAUGGAUCUCCAUGUCCAUCUCUCAACAUAUGCAGAGGGUCAGGGUAAAGGGCCUCAUCGUCCAGCUGUGGCUGCCGCUAGCCAACAGCAGGACAGACACUGUGUCUCUUUAAUGGCACAAACUGCUCACUCUCUGCUGGGACACUGAGCCUGGCCUGGAAGCGUUUACACCUUGAGCCCGUCCUCUCGUUCCCCGAUUUGUAUACUCUCUUCGUCUUUGUACAGGUAGUUCAAACACAUGCUGACCACUUCCCCCAUGUGUGUGCGCGCCCAUGAGCUGAGUUGCUGUGCAAUUCCAAGCCUGGCUUGUUUUUAUGCGAGGAGGAGAGUAUUUUGUAAUACUGGAGGGUGGAGAUUCUGUGCAAUGCCCGGUUCCUGUCUCCUAGACUCUUAGGACUGUAUAUUUGUAACUCUGUUGGGACUGUGGCUCUGGCAGGCCGAGUGCCUGGACAGCAGCCUGUGCUCCCAUCGCUUUUCAUCUUUGACCGUUUGGAUGUUGUUGUUUCUUGCCAUUAAAAUAAAAAGAUGAACAUUUUA